CGCGAGUAGCGUAAGCUAGCAGGGGUCGUCUUAUUGGCGAGCAGAAAACUUACAUACAUAGGCCCGUGUUUCAACGGAUCCAACAGUUCAAGCAUACAGUACUAGUUUGUCUGUCUUCCUGCCUGCGUUUCUUGCUCGAUGGCCGGGUUGGGGAAGGAGGGGAUCAGCCUGAAGCCGAUCAGCAACCACAGCGUGGUGUGGUUCUUGCUGGGGGCAGCUCUCCCCACGGUCCUGCUCUUCGUCCUGGCUUCCGACCGUGUGGGCGAGCAGCUGUCCAUCGUCUCCGGCAGCUGGGGGAAGUACGGUAACGGCGCCGGCGGGGAUCUGCCGCCGCUGUCUCCGGACGCCGCCUAUGCGCAAGAACAAGAGGAGAAAUUUCCAGGCCUAACUCAGCUGCUACCGAGGGUGGCCAUGGACGACCGCACAGUGAUCAUCACAUCGGUCAACGAGGCGUGGACGCAGCCCGGCUCCCUGCUAGACCUCUACCGUGAGAGCUUUAAGAACGGCGAGGACACGGAGCACCUCCUCGCACAUGUCCUCGUGAUCGCCCUUGACCCCGCGGGCUUCCACCGUUGCAACGUCGUCCACCCCCACUGCUACCUCCUCGAAGUGAAGACUGUGAACCUCACCUCGGCCACAAGGUUCAUGUCUAAAGAGUAUCUUGAGAUCGUCUGGACCAAGCUUUCCCUCCAGCAGCGCAUCCUGGAGCUCGGCUACAACUUCCUAUUCACCGAUGCCGAUAUGCUACUGUUUCGGAACCCGUUCCGGCGCAUCACGUUGCACGCGGACAUGAGCGUCUCCUCCGACGAUUUCUCCAUCGCGCGCGCUCCGCUGGACAACCCAAUCAACACGGGGCUCUACUACGUGAAGUCGACGAACCGGACCGUGGAGAUGCUCCGGUACUGGCAGGCGGCAAGGUCAAGGACCCCGGGCGCCCACGACCAGACCGUCUUUGGCAAUAUCAAGCACGAGCUCGUGGAGAAGCUCAAGGUCCGGAUCGAGCCCCUCGACACGUCCUACUUCGGCGGGUUUUGUGAGUACCACGAUGACUUUGAGAAGAUCAGCACCAUGCACGCCGACUGCUGUAUCGGCGUGGACAACAAGGUGCACGAUCUCAUGGACGUGGCAGCCGACUGGAAGAGGUACAUGAGCAUGACGCUGGACGAGCGGAAGAAGAUGAGUGGGAACCUCACGUGGACAGUCCCCGUGCGCUGCAGGAAGUCGAUCAACUGGCGUAAACCUGUUCACCCUUGAUGCCCCAAAGAGAUCUAAGCAAAUUAAGCAAUGGCAUAUGUCGGUUUUGUUGACAAUUUGACAGCAGCGUAUGCUUGUAAUGUAUAUGAUCGACCCACCGUGUGUCCACGUGAGGUAUGCACUAAGAAAUUUUCAUGAACUUAACACACAUAGGCAUGCAUAUACCGUGUAUCGGCUUAGAAUAAAUUGUUACUCUGUUACACUUCCAAAUAAAUAAACAAGUAGUAGUUGUUAA